AUGACAGAACAAAAUAGUCGCUCGAACACGCUAGGGGAGCAACUGAUCGAACCUACAAACGCCCAAAAAUCCAAAAAUAUACUAAAAAACGGCUUUAAAUUGAAUUUGAGAAAGAAAAACGGCUACAAAAGUGUUUUGUCCAAAAGCACAGAAGAUCUUUCAAAUGAAAAUCUAAUAUUUAAAUCCCCAGUUAAUGGAAAUGAAGGCAAAGGAAGCAUUACAAGUGCAAGCCCCAAAGAAACCCCUUUGGGGUCACCCACUGGGGAUAUUUGGUUCAAUACUUGGCCAGAAAGAUGCGACAAGGUAAAAAGUAUAGACUCAAGCCCAGAACAUCCAAAAACCCAGGAGAACAACAAUCAAAAUACUCAAAACGGUGUGGAACCCAACCAACUCAGCAACAAAUUAACAUUAAACGAAGCAUUAAAAAACAUAUCAUUAGCUUAUAGUCCAGUCACUCGAAAACUACAUCUAGUCGAAGACCUGAAAAAUGAACAAGAAUAUCAGCAUGACAAAAAGGAUUGCGACAACAAUUUGUAUGUAAAUUCUAGUCCCACAAAGAAAUAUGGUCACAGGAGGAUACAAGACGGUUCAUUUUCAAGCACAAUUUCAACUAUUAGCGAACCUUCAACUUCAGGAAGUUUAAUUGGGAGUGAAGAUAGAUCUUUGUCUAAUUUUGGAGAUGAAUGUCACGAAGAUAAGACAAGACGAAAAAGUUUGACACAAUUUUUUACCAGAAAUGUAUUUUCAUGGAAAUCAAACAACAACCCUGAAAACUCUGGAAGCAGCGUUUGGAAAAUAUUCACAAAAACCCCCUCUCAAGGUGACAAUUCGCCAUUGCACACUGUCGCCAGCUCCUCAGCCCUAAUUCAACUAAAACGGCCCUCCUCCCUGCCAGCCAAGACGUUUGAAGAAGAACAAAAGCACGCCCAAGAGUACAACGAAAUUUUGGCCGCGGCCAAAAAAAAAGAAGCCAAAAGUACAGCAGCUAAAGAGAAGCAGAAAAAGUUGCAGCUGCAGCUUGAAGAACAACAGGCCAACGCCGCUAGGCAUUUUUCUCAGUUGGUUCUGCCAAAUUGGACUCGAAUGGAGAAAAACAAAAAGACCCAAGAGCUUUGGUGGCAAGGUUUGCCUUCAAGUGUUAGAGGCAAAGUGUGGAGGUUGGCUAUUGGAAAUGAAUUGAAUAUAACGCCGCAAUUGUAUGAGAUUUGUCUGACAAGGGCGCAGAAUAGAUUGAAUAGUCCUGAACCACCUCCUUGUGAAUAUGAAAAUGAUCAGGAAAGCAGCAUGGAUGUAAUAGAGCUGGACAUAUCCAGAACAUUUCCCAAUUUAGGCAUAUUCCAACAAGGAGGCCCAUAUUCUGAGGUUUUACAUUCCUUAUUAGCAGCUUAUGUGUGCUUUAGGCCAGAUGUUGGUUACCUUCAAGGCAUGUCUUAUAUAGCAGCCAUUCUAAUACUCAACAUGGAAGCAUGUGAUGCUUUUAUUUGUUUUGCUAAUCUAUUGAAUCAACCACUCCAUCUGUCAGCAUUCACUCUAAACCAAACACAAAUGAAUGCAUACUACAAUGCUUAUAAUCAAGUGCUCAACAGUAAUUUGCCCAAAUUGUAUGGACAUUUUGAACGGGCCGGGCUCACGCCUGAUUUGUACUUGCUGGAUUGGAUUUAUACAAUAUUUGCCAAAGCAAUGCCUUUAGAUGUGGCUUGUAGGAUUUGGGAUAUUUUUCUGAGGGAUGGUUACGAGUUUAUUUUUAGGACUGCUUUAGGUAUUCUUCAUCUUUAUCAAUCCGCUCUACUCAACAUGGAUUUUCUCCAUGGUGCUCAAUUUCUAACGAAAUUGCCUGAAGACAUGUCAGCUGAUCAGUUAUUCAAAAGUAUACAGUCAGUUUGUACCAACGUGGGCAAAACUACAUUUAGUCAAAUAGCUGAAAGAUGUGGGGCGCGACAAUCAAUGACUGAUUUGUACAGAUAG